GUCAUAUACUAUAUCGUUAUCUUAAUACAAUUCUAAGCAGCGAAUAUAGUCAAGUUACUCCAUCUAUCUAGUAGAUCCCUUAUCACGACUUUCUUCUUGCUUGCUCCAAUGAUUGGCUUUCAAAUCAUCAUCAUCGUCUUGAGAAAAGGAGAGUUCUUUCCUCCAUUUAGCGGGUUAACUAUCCGAUAAUGCCGAGUGACGGCCCUUCGGUAAUCGUAAUUGGUGCUCCGGAAAGUGGAGCCAUUCGACGUCACGGACGGUUGCUCAACAAGAAUCGUCGAAAAUCUUACGAACGGAGGAAAAUAGGGUCUUUUAGUGAGUUUCUUGAGCUUACAGUGGGUACUUCUGAGGUGCUUCUUAUGGUUGUGGGAUUCGAAUCUAUAAGAUUUUUGAUAGACUUCUUUCGCGUGGCUCAGUAUGCUCGUCUUCACUCACGCUCGAGAGAGACACGUCUUGUCUGUGGUCGACAGAGAAGAUGUGAAAGGAACCUGACCCGCGACGCUGCUGGGGUGAAUUAUGCAAAUGCGACAAUAACCGAAUGUCAAUCAGGAAGAAAGUUAAAUUCCACAGAUACUGGAUUGGCUGCCGGUUCUACCAGGCCAAGUCUUUCCUUCUGGGAAAGUUAAAGGCAAUGAUGGCCGCGGGGGCAGAAUGACGAGCGACACGCCGCUCUUUCGAACGUAAUUUAAACUUCCUCAAGAUUCUAUCGUCAGAGAUUAAAAUGAUUCGUUCCUUCUUGCCACCGACUUUGUUCUCGCUCAAUGGGAGAUUUGUUUGCGACAGUGUUUCAAAUGCUUCAAGCUUAAGGUGUAAAUUAUUCUUGGAUAUACAUACGUAUGUGG